AUGCCUCCAAAGAAAGAUUCGAAGCCUUCUGAGAAGAAAGGUGCAACACUGUUUAAAACGAGAUGCCAACAAUGCCAUACUAUAGAGGAAGGCGGACCACAUAAAGUUGGGCCAAAUUUGCAUGGUAUCUUCGGUCGUCAUUCAGGUCAAGCUGCAGGGUACUCUUACACUGACGCAAAUAUCAAGAAGAACGUUGAAUGGGAUGAAAAAAAUAUGUCUGAAUAUUUGACUAAUCCUAAGAAGUACAUACCGGGUACUAAGAUGGCCUUCGGUGGCUUGAAGAAAGAGAAAGAUAGAGAUGACCUGAUAGCUUAUAUGAAGAAUGCUGCUAAAUGA